AAUCAUCGCUGUUUCUCCACCUCCAUGCGAAAUAAGUCAAAUUUUUUUUAUAGCCAACGUGAUUAUAUUUAGCCUAUUUUCGAGGGAUUCGACGGCUUUAGCGGUCGUUUAGCAAGGACAAGGAACAGCCGACGGCAGUUAGCAAGGCGGGAAUCGAGUCGCGAGCAGGCAACCCCCCAGAUCAGGCCGUAGAUCGAUCAGCAUGCCACGAGGAAAGUUCGUCAACCACAAGGGCCGCAGUCGCCACUUCACAUCGCCGGAGGAGCUGCAGCAGGAGUCGGAGGAGGAGAGCGACCAGACCAGCGGCUCGGGCUCCGAGAGCGAGGAGAAGGCGGGAGCCGCCAGUUCCUCCGCCAAAGCCAAGGCGCCAGCGCCCCGAAAAGCCCCCCAGAAUCGCAGCCAGAAGGCAAGAAACGCGGCGGGCGGAGCAGCCAGUUCCUCCGACUCCGAGUCCGGCGAGGAUUCCGACGAGGAUUCGGAGGGCGAGGCGCGCGACGCCAAGAAGGGCGUGGCCUCGCUCAUCGAGAUCGAGAAUCCCAAUCGGGUGACAAAGAAGGCCACACAGAAGCUCUCGGCGAUCAAGCUGGACGACGGGCCGCCGGGCGGCGAGGGAGCCAAGGGUGGCGGCCAUCCGAAGCCGGAGCUGUCGCGCCGCGAACGGGAACAGAUCGAGAAGCAGAAGGCGCGCCAGCGGUACGAGAAGCUCCAUGCCGCCGGCAAGACCACCGAGGCGAAGGCCGACCUCGCCCGCUUGGCCCUCAUCCGGCAGCAGCGCGAGGAGGCGGCCGCCAAGCGGGAGGCCGAGAAGAAGGCCGCCGACGGCGGCGCCAAGAAGCCGGGCGCCAAGUAGAGAUGAAGCAUCCCUCCCUUGAAUCCAAUCCAAUCCAAUCCAAUCCCCUAACCCAGAAUCCCCAGAAAAUGCUACCCAUUGAGCUCUCAAUCCCUGGAAAACGCAGGACUAUUAUGGCAAUUAGUUAAGCAUAAAUUAACGUAACACACACACACACAUUCAAAAUUAUUCAAGUUUUCUAAGCCUGUCUUUUGUAACUGCAAAUUAUACAAAAAUAAACCAACUUAUUGUAAAAAGCAAA